AGACUUAAAAGGUGAAGUUUAUCGUAGGUCGAAGACUCGAUAGUCUUGUUCACAGACAACCAGCUUUCACAUUGGACACGUUUUCUCACACAGAUAAAACCCGGAAGCUUGCGAUCACCCCCUCCUUAUGAGACCACCGCUUCUGUUUGGAUAAUUAGAGCGGAUGAGCGCUUCCGCGUUGGCUGUAGCCGUGCUGUCAAAGCGGGAGGAUGAUCAACCAGAAAUGUAGCACUUUAUUACUGAAAGACAGAAGACGGAGGAGGAUUAUAAAAUGUAUCUAUGUGGUGGGCUUCAUGGACUUGUUUGGGGUGAGCAUGAUCAUCCCACUGCUGAGCCAUCACGUGAAGGCUCUUGGAGCAAGUCCCACUGUGGCCGGUAUUGUAGGAUCUACGUAUGGGAUCUUGCAGCUUUUUUCGAGCACUAUAGUUGGCAGCUGGAGCGACGUGGUGGGUCGGAGGUACUCUCUGCUGACCUGCCUGCUGCUCAGCACUCUAGGCUACGGCCUGCUGGGGAUGUCCACCAGCAUCGCUUUGUUUGUACUUGCACGGAUACCUGUGGUGUGUCUUCUGUUUCAGGGUUGUUCAAGCACUCGCUCUCCAUCUGCAGAGCUCUGCUGUCUGACCUGGUGUCUGCUUCAGAGCGCCCUCUAGUGAUGGGACAUUUCAAUGCAGCCUCCAGUGUGGGCUUCAUCCUGGGCCCUGUGGUGGGUGGCUACCUAACUGAGCAUGAAGGAGGCUUUUAUACAUCCUCUUUUACUUGUGCAGCCAUUUUCCUUAUUAAUGCGGGCCUCGUAUGGAUGAUACCACAGAGUGAGACGGUGGCUAACCGUAAUGACACUGUCUGCAGAAACGACACGAGUACAGGGUAUCAUGAAAACCACUUUAGUAAAUCUGUACAGAAUGGUUCUCAUACAAAUAGCCACCACCCAUUGCUGACAGCAGAGACGCAGCAAGAGUCUACAUCUUCGGAAAAGCAUCGUGGUGGGUUCAGGUGGAGGGAUGUGCCUUUUCUUCAGCCAGUCUGGAAACAGCUGUCCUCAGUAGGCUCCAGGAUCCACAUAGUGGCCUCAUCUGACAUGUGGGACCUCUUCCUCGUGCGUCUUCUGAUGGCCAUAGCUAUCAUGCUCUACUACAGUAACUUUUCUCUGGCCAUGGAGGAGCGCUUUUUACUCAAACCAAAAAUGACCGGUUACCUGAUCAGCUACAGCAGCACUCUAGGGGCCCUGGCUGGGUUCCUGGUGGGGCCAGUCACACAGCUAUAUAAGAACAACAUGUCCGCUUUACUGCUUCAUUCUACAGUGCUGACCUCUACGCUUAUUUUCCUCUAUGCUGCUGCACCAAAUGUUUGGCAGGUGCUGCUCACCUCCACCUUCUUUGCCAUUUCUACCACUAUCGGACGGACGUGUAUCACAGAUUUGGAGCUGGAGAGGGGCGGGGUCCAGGCCAGCGGGACUCUGAUUGGAGCCGGGCAGUCGGUUACAGCUGUGGGUCGAAUCCUGGCUCCUCUCCUGUCUGGUUUGGCGCAAGAGUUCAGCCCUUGCGGCCCCCCAAGCCUAGGAGUGGUGCUGGCCCUCGCAGCUGUGGCUUUACUACUCAUCAGAAUCCCCAAAUGGGACGCGAGGGGGAUGACAAAAACUGCCAAAUUCAGAAACUCUCAUGAGCAGAAGCUCGUGCACUAAAUGUUUGAAUCGUAAAUCUCUGAGAAGUGCUCUUAAUUGCAGGAGACCAGCUGGGACAAUGAACAGCAGACUCCUCGAGGGAACGGCGAAGCCCGCUCAAACGUGUUAUUCUUAAACAGGAUGGCUCUUCUGUUGGUGCGAUGAAAUCCCAGGGUAGAAAUAUUGUGACGUUUAAACCACACCAGCACUGAAGUCUUCGUCUUGGGGACAGGUGAAUCAAAAGUCACGUGCACUGUUGGAAUGAAGACACGGCUGCAAAAUGCUGACGUUUGACCGCAACCUCUGGGCACAAACUACUGGAUUAUGACUGUACUCUUUAUUUUUAAUGAAGUUUUGUAACCACUGCAAAUUAGCUGGAGUUGAUGAAAGCAGGUCUGCUUAUGAUGCACUACAUGCCCGAAGAGGAGAGUGAUUUAAUUGAAAUAAUACUUAAUUCUUUAAAUAAAAAUUAAAAAGAUGACUAUCAAAGGCAGGCUAUUACAUUUUUGGUAUGAGUUUGAUUUUUACACAUUUUACCUCAGUGGCUUUUUGGGUUUGUUUGUUUUUUUCUUUAUUCUAAUGUAAACUAUCAGAAAUGGUCCCUAUGGCAGUAUCUGAACUAAUGUUCCUCUUUGACUGAUAUUAAAGAACAGAGAUUUGUAAAUUUCUCUAAUUAGAGGCUUAAAUGGGUAUUUGUUAUUUUACUGUUUUUUAAGUUAUUUUUAUAACAUUAUUCUGAACACUUAUUUAGUAACCUAAACAUCACCAGAGCCAGAGAGGUGUAAUACGAAGUGAGAUUAAAUGCAUAACUCACUGGUGUUAAAGUUUUAAAGUGUCAAAAUUAUUAUUAUUAUUUACAGCAUUUUGUAAGUGCAAUAGAAAUGUUCUUUAAAUGUGCAAGCCAUUACUAGGGGCACAAAUGAAGCCCAGCUGUAAAAAAUAACAAUAAUAAUAAUAAUAAAAACAGCAGAUGAAACCGUGCAUUGCAUUGUCACUGGAAGGUGCAUGCAUUCAAUCAUGCAGAUAAUGUCAAUCUUUUUAUACUUGGUUCUAAUCUAUUUCGUCUUUUUUACUCUCUCAUGCACACAGAACAAGGUUACCUGUUCAAUCAAGAAACUGAAUUGAAAAUUAAAUUUAAAGUUUCAGACCUCUGUGCAGCCAUCACUUUAGAAAUGAGAGUGCACUCAAUAUUAAAAUAAUUGACUCGAAUUAAAAUACGAGCAGAUUAAGAAUUUUCAUCAGCAUCCACUUCCUGUCUUGUUUUUACUGUUACUUGUAUUCUUUAUAGUUUUCAUCACUAUUUAGUCAUCUGAUGUUUCUGGUUGGAGUAGGUGGCGCUCACAGGGAUUGUUUUGUGUGGAGUGAGUGUCAUGUGACAUGUGACACGCCCGUUUUAUGUAACUGCACACAGAGCCUGAGGCAGAAAGUCCGACUUGACAAAGUUAAUAACCGCCAUCACUCAAAGAAAGCCUGGCUGUGUUGAACUUCCUUCGUAGUAUACCUCUCUGGAACAAACGGAAACACUGUUUUUUACGUUUAUCUCAAGGCUCCAUGGAGCACCUGCCACACUAAGGCCCAAAAAAUGUUACAGCAAAUAAACCGUUUGUACUUUUGA